GGUCACAUUGAGCUGUGAGCUGCUGCUGUGCUGUGUUUAGAGUCAGCACCAUGGCAGAAGACCUCAAGACCAAAAUCAAGAACUACCAGACUGCCCCUUUUGACAGCCCCUUCCGCAACCAAAACCAGACCAGGAACUGCUGGCAGAACUACCUGGACUUCCACCGCUGUGAGAAGGCAAUGACUGCUAAGGGGGGCAAUGUCUCUGUGUGUGAACGGUACUGGUGUGCGUACAAGUCCCUCUGCCCCAUAUCCUGGGUGUCGGCCUGGGACGACCGCCAGGCAGAAGGCCUGGGAAGAUCUGAAAUGGCCCCUCCCACCCUCUGUCCUCCGUCCUUCUCCCAGGGUGGUGAAGGGGGACCUGGGUGCAUGGUGAUCCCCACCCUGGGGUUCUGAAUCAUGGCCUAACUAAUAA